AUGGCGAAGGUGCUGCCGCAACUCAACUUUUUGAUCACCCUUGUUCUUCUUGGUUCAGCUAUGUUCACGAAAGCGAUUGUCAAAGAAAAUAACUCAAACUGGGUGACGUCGGCUGAUCCCAGUUGCAGAAAGAUUAUAUAUGGUUCGUAUUGCCCCGAGCCAAGAGGGCCACCCCGGCCAGGAAAGGAAGAUGAAUGCAGUUUAAGAUGUUCGCAGGCUGAGCCCGACAAUCCAUCAGCUUCUUCGAAUUCGAUUCGUUCCCAUUUUAGCUCAGCUGACUCUGCUCUAGCUCACUGGAUCAAGUAUGAUGAGAUGAAAACUUUAUGUGAGAGCCUUGCUGUGAUCCUAAUGAAAGAAUUUAUCCGGCUCUUUGGCGGGUAUAAAAUUGACUGGAAAAAGAUAUUUUUUGCCGGGGCCAUCAUGACAGCAUCCUGUGUCAUGUUGCAAAUGUUUAUACUUAAUGAUCCUCUGGAUGUGUGGUUCCUCUCUCUGCCUGUCGCAAUUCCAUCAGAUAAACCCUUGAACAGUAGCCUCAGCUUGAAUAAGACCUCUACUGAGGCAAGGGUCAAAAGAUUGCAAAUAAUUUCUGGUGCCCCCAUUGUUUCACCAAAUCCUCCUAUUGAUUUGAAUCUCUCAGUGCCAAUUAUGCCAGUUGCAGCCUUAGUUCCUCCUAGGGGAAAAUCUAGAAGGAGAAGAAAAGAUUCGAAAGUUGAUAACAUGUCAAAGGUCGUCCCUCCUCCUCCCCCUCCACGUAGAACUGUGCCUUCUCGUAUGCAGAAAUUCAUUUGGUCCUUGACACCAAAAGAGGCACUUGUGUAUGCAAAGAAAGAGGUUGAGCAUGCCCCAGCAGUUAUGGAGGAUGAUCCUGAUCUAUAUGCCCCUAUAUUUCGAAACGUUUCUGUUUUCAAAAGGAGCUAUGAACUGAUGGAACUGAUACUUAAAGUUUACAUAUAUCGUGAUGGAGCAAGGCCCAUUUUUCACCAACCUCAUCUCAGAGGAAUUUAUGCUUCUGAAGGAUGGUUCAUGAAGUUGAUGGAGGAAAACAGGCAGUUUGUCACAAGGGAUCCAGAAAAGGCCCACUUAUUUUAUCUUCCUUACAGUAUGCGCCAAUUGGGGAUGGCACUUUAUGUACCGAAUUCACAUAAUAUGAAACCACUCUCAAUUUUCCUGAGAGACUACACAAACACGAUUGCUGCGAAGUAUCCUUUCUGGAAUCGGACACAUGGGUCAGAUCAUUUCCUUGUUGCUUGCCAUGACUGGGGCCCUUACACGUUAACCGCCCAUGAGGAACUAACCAAAAAUACUAUAAAAGCUCUAUGCAAUGCUGACACCUCGGAAGGAAUAUUUGUUGCCAAGAAGGAUGUUUCACUUCCAGAAACUACUAUUAGGACCCCCAGGAAGCCUCUUAGAAAUGUUGGUGGAUUUAGAGUAUCACAGCGCCCGCUCCUUGCCUUUUUUGCAGGAAACAUGCAUGGAAGAGUCCGCCCGACACUUCUCAAGCACUGGCGGGACAAACAUGAAGACAUGAAAAUCUACGGGCCUCUGCCCCUUAGAGUCUCGCGAAAGAUGUCUUAUAUCCAACAUAUGAAAUCAAGUAAAUUUUGUAUUUGCCCAAUGGGGUAUGAAGUGAACAGCCCAAGGAUCAUCGAGUCCAUCUACUAUGAAUGUGUCCCAGUGAUUAUUGCCGAUAAUUUCCCCCUUCCUUUGAGUGAUGUGCUAGAUUGGAGCAAAUUUUCUGUUGCCGUGGCAGAGAAGGAUAUUCCCAAGUUAAGAGAGAUUUUAGUGGCUAUUCCCAUGAGAAGAUACCUUACUAUGCAAAUUAAUGUGAAAAUGGUGCAGAAGCAUUUCCUUUGGAAUCCCAGACCAAUCAGAUAUGAUUUAUUCCAUAUGAUUCUGCAUUCAAUCUGGUCUAGCAGGCUGAGUUUGAACAAGGAGCUGAUUAGAGUCGAGACUAGUGGCUAA